ACCACUGAAAUGCAUAUACAACUGCUUUUGGCAAAGUUAUUCCUACAGUAUAACACAUACAAACAAACAAAAAACAUUUUCAUUCAAAAUAGUAUUUUUUCAAAGAUUUGCAAAAUAGGUCAACAACAACAGAAGUAAUCCCAAACUCCAUCUAAUCCCGCCCCCACAUUUCCUAAAUGCAAAUCCUCAAUUUUAACAAGUUAAGAACAUUGGAUGUACAUUAAAAUUAAAGUUAAUGUAAACGUUUACUUUUUUUUUUUUUUUUUUUUAAAUAAUAAAGAUAUAAUUUACAUACAGUACAGGCCAAAAGUUUGGACACACCUCAUUCAAUGCAACACAAAUGAAGGUCCCUACCCCACUGAUAUAGCAAUAAAUUCCACUAAUCAACCCUGAAAAGUUGAGAUGUUGAUCUGGUCCGAUCAUGUCAUUUUCAAAGUAUCGGAAUCGGCAAAAACAUAUCGGCGGUGCCUUUUAAAAAAAAUUUUUUUUUAAUUAAAUCGUUUUCUAAUUGUAUUUAACGUUACAGACGUAAUACGUUACAAUCAUCCAGAGUCUUUAGUUUAGGCUUAAGGUAGGGUUAUCAAAUUUAUCCCGAUAACGGCGGCAAUUAAUUUUUUAAAAAAUGUGUCACGUUGAAAUAUUUAAUGCAAUUAAUGCAUGCGCUGCACGACCCACUCACGCAUUGUCGCGCUCAAUCUGUAAUAACGCCGUUUUACCUAUAUAGAGAGAUAAAAGGCAGCGUAAAAUGAGUAGAGUGAAUUUUGGCAGCCUUUGGAACCUUUUUUUAAUUGGCUAAAGCCUUACAAUCCCUCUCCCUAUGAUUAUAAAUAUCAUGAGAAGCAAUGGGGGGAGGCAAGGUGGCAAUUUAUCUUUUUCUUAACACCUUAUGUUAUUUCCCAACGCAGAGAAGAUAUAUCAAUUGGUAGCACUACGCACAGUCAUGGCUCCACUUCCUAUCAUGCAUUUGGGCAUGGCCACAGUAUCAUUUACUGAAAGCUCAACAAAUACACUAGAUGGCAAUAUUUAGUCACAAUAUACAAAGUCACAAGUCUUUCUAUCCGUGAAUCCCUCUCACAGAAAGAAUGUUAAUAAUGUAAAUGCCAUCUUGAGGAUUUAUUGUCAUAAUAAACAAAUACAGUACUUAUGUACUGUAUAAUGAAUGUAUAUAUUCGUCCGAGUUGUAUUCAUUUUUUUUUCUUAAUGCAUUGCCAAAAUGUAUAUGAUCGGGAAAAAAUAUCGGGAAUGAUUGGAAUUGAAUCGGGAGCAAAAAAAAAAAAGCAAUCGGAUCGGGAAAUAUCGGGAUCGGCAGAUACUCAAACUAAAACGAUCGGGAUCGGGAGCACAAAAAAAAACAUGAUCGGAACAACCCUACUGAGAAGGCAUACCUGUGAAGUCAAAUACCAUUCCAGGUGACUCCCUCUUGAAGCUCAUCAAGAGAUAGCAAGAGUGGACAAAAAUAAUCGGAGCAAAAGUAGGCUACUUUGAAGAUACAAGAAUAUACAUGUUUUUAGUUAUUUGGCCUGUUUUUACUGAGUACAUAGUUCCACACAUGUUCAUUCAUACUUCUUUUACGUUCAGUGAGAAUUUACAAUGACACUUGACGAGUCUAAAUAAAUGAUGGACAGUAGAUCUAAUAAACAAGCCAAGUCUUUACUUUCUCGUAAAGAGCUGAUCAAUUUUCUGUUGCAUUGCUCUUUUUUAUUGCAUCAAUUUACCAAGCGUUUUUUUUUUUUUUUUUUUUUCUUUACAUAGUGUUCUAUCCUCACUAAACGGGAAUUUGUUUAGGUUGACAGACAGCAAAACGAGGCAAUAGUUGAUUUUUUAAUUUGAAGCUUUUACUUCUUUUGACGAAUCAUAAAGCUGCAACGCACACAUGCACUCGCGUUCAAAAUUCCACACAUAUUAACAAUAAACAUUUUACACAAAACAAUUAGUUUGGUGAUCAUACGUUCCUCCAGUACAAACAAUAUGUAAAUUUAGUAAAUCAAAUCAGCCCAGUCUGCAUAAUAAAGUCCGCUAGCUUAGAUGCUACGAAUGCUAACGUAUUCACACUUCUCUCAUAGCAAAUUGCUAAACAUAACCAAACAAACAGUAUCUCCAAACUUAACCACAAAUGCCAACACCAACAUACAUCAACUGAAACAACACACAGCUUCAAGUGGGCCGAACCAGAGUAAGUAGCUGUCCCUUAGCCAUGGCAGAAACAUCUGCUUUCAGUCAGAAAAGGCAAGAGUUCAGACACACCCAACUCCGCCACCAGAGGGCAUCAUUUGACAAAAUACAAUACUUUAUACAAACCAUCAAACAUAGGAUUUUGACAGUUGCCGUCAUAUUUUCGGGAUCAAAGUACCGUCGGAACGGCGUUCGGGGUCGAAAACUCAUAGCGGUACGGAGAUCCGUCUUAUUCCGGUCCUCUUUCACCCCUGGUUAUAGGUCUAGUGGUGGCGGCGAAUGAAAAUGGCGAUUGGUGUUGGCAUCUUCAUAUUUGAAAGUGCUGACAUAGCUGCAUAUUAGGAAAUAUGUAUUGUAAGGAAGAAAAAGCCCUGGGAGCAGAGAAAGCUAUGUGGAUGCUCAUUUUAAGGAGAAGGCAUGCAAGUUCUGGUUACAUCCAUAGAGUAGGAAAGAAACUGUUAAAAACCACCUGUUUCUAUUUGGCACAAAGCAUGAUCCCUUUUUUGUGGUGACAUUAGUUUGUCUAUAGCAUCCAUUUGCAGUAGUAUUCCCCAUGGUCUCACACGGGAAAUACACAGACCGAUGAUUACACUUGGCGGCUGCAGAAGCUAAUAGCUUUGUCGCAUCAGUCAUCAUCCACAAGGGUCUCAGAACAGCCUCAGCCUCUUUCAGUCCUCAGUCAAAUCAGUUACACUUUAAUUGGCUAUUCUGUCAAUCAAAUCCAGCUACAGUAAACUCCCUUUAAUUAGGAUGUGGGUAGGGUGAAGGGGGGGAUGCAAAAUGGUGACCUCCCCUAAUUUCCUGUAUUAAUAGUUGGGAGCAAAAAUACACCAUAAACCGAUCCCAAAACAGUUUUUCAUUCCAAACUGCUCAUAUGUCAUUAGGCUCGCAUGUUAGGGCUUACAAAUCAUUUGAGUUAAAAAAAAAAAAAAAAAAGACAAAGACAAAAAACCAAUAUUUUUAAAUUUCUUGUUCCAAUUUGUUAGGUCCAAAUAAGAUCUAAACUUUUUGUCCCUCCCUUUCUUCUUCCUAUCCGCUAACGACUGAGACAAUAGUGUGAGUCAAAGGGCAGGAUAUGACUCCAGCCUCAUAUCCUGAUAUCAGUCCACUCAGUCAUGCCUAAGGACCAUGAGAUUGAACAAGAAAUUAAGAAACAAAGGCCAUAAUGACUGUGCUAGCCCCGAUCCCGACGACUGUUUUGGGCACAGCCCCCUCACCGACGACCAUUUCAGCAAACUAAGCGAAGAGAGCGAUUUAAUGUACAAGCGCUGCGGUGCGCUAAACAAGAAAGAACACCGAGGUUGCGAUAGCCCGGACCCUGAUGCAUCGUAUGUCCUCACUCCUCAUACUGAAGAAAAGUAUAAAAAAAUUAAUGAGGAGUUUGAUAAUAUGAUGAGAAAUCAUAAAAUCCCCACAGCGUUGCCUCAGCAGAACUUCUCCAUGCAUGUGGCCGUGCCUGUGUCUAACCCCAACGCCAUGUACCAGCCUGGAGGCGUGACUUUGGGCAGCCAGAGUUUAACGGCGGCCGCAGCCUCCAUCGGUGACAACGGGAUGCUAUCCCCUCCUCAAGCCUCCUUGCAUAGGAACGUGGGCUCCAGUGGGGGUCCUCAAAGACCCACCAGCACAGGGAACGGAUUUGCCAACCCCAGGGGCUCCCCGGGUCUCCUCAGUGCGCCCAGCGGCAACGGUCUGGGUAAAGUCAUGCCCACCAAAUCUCCGCCAUCCCCUGGAGUGAGCAUGGGAAUGGGAGGCCGCAAGCCAGAUCUCAGGGUUGUCAUACCUCCGUCAAGCAAAGGGAUGAUGCCCCCGCUGAACACUCAGAGAAUAAGCAGCUCCCAGUCCACCCAGCCACUGGCUACUCCAGUGGUAUCUGUCACCACACCCAGCUUACCUCCACAAGGCCUGGUUUACUCAGGCAUGCCCACCUCCUACAACCCUGCUGAGUAUUCCCUAAGCAGUGCAGAGCUUUCUUCGCUCCAGGGAUUCAGCUCUCCCGGGCUCUCGCUGGGCUCUAUGUCAGCAUGGCAACAGCAUCAACUGGGCCAAGCAGCACUCAGUUCUUUGGUCAGCAGCGGUGGAGGACACCUACCUCAGGGCUCCAAUCUCUCCAUCAGCACGAGCCAGAGCAUCAACAUUAAGUCGGAGCCCAUCUCACCGCCACGAGGGCGAGUCACCCCCUCUGGCUUCCCGCCCCAGCAGCCGCCGCCCUCCCAGCAGCAGCACCAACAUGGCCCCGGCCGGCAACAAGAAGGUCUUGGACGCUCGCCUGCCGACAGCCUCAGCUCCUCGUGCAGCUCCUAUGACGGCAGCGACCGCGAGGACCACCGGGCGGACUUCCACUCACCCCUUAGCCUGGGCAGAGCGCCAGCGGCUGCCGACAGGGAAAGUCCGUCAGUCAAGCGCCUGCGCAUGGACGCGUGGGUGACAUAAAGCAGCCGGCGGGUAUGGAACAGGCAAGACCAAAGGGUCCUAUAACUGAUGAUAUCAUUAUUCAACAACCCUGGGUUCUGUUUGUAAAUGAAGCAGGUACUGACUGUCAGGCAUGAACAGAGGCGUUCAGAGGCAAACAUGUUACAAUAGAUUGUUUGUUGUCAUCUGACAAGUAUAUAAUGUUGUUGCUGUUUCGCUGUAGUGCUCGCAAACAAUCAGAGAGCAGGCUGAGGGCCACAUUUUUUUAGAAUCAUGCUGUAAACACACACACGCUCGCGUAUAUAAACUAGAUAUGUCAAGUGGCCUCUAAUUUAUUGAUGUAGAAAAUGUGGAGUGCUGGGGGAAGUCUAAAUGAAGGAAAAAAAUGUCACUGUUCAUGUUGCUGGUAAAGGGGACAUAUGGGGAGUUGACGUUAUUGACUCAUUGGCUGCCAUUGACAACAAUAGACGUCCAAUCCAUUUGAACUGGGAAGGCCUAACAGUGAUUCACAAUCAUGUACACAGUGAGUACAGUGAUUCCUUGGAGUGAAACCAAGGUCUCCUUUAAAGUUAAGAGUAUGAAGUAGGGAGGUGGAUGUGCUGUGAAGGUCAACCUGCCCAAUCUAAAUCUGUAAUGCUAGCCAAAGCUCUUGUUUUGCAUUUCUGUUAUACUCAUGUACAGUAUAUAUACAUAUUUUUUUGCCACGCCAAGUCAUCACAGAUGUAAAGGCAUUCUUUUCGUACAAAAUUCAGUUUUUGAGCCAAAACAUGCUUUUGUUGAGUAACUAGUCACUUGAAUUGUGGCUUUUUUUCUGGAGUGUGCACUAUUAAUAAGGAAAAAGAAAAAAACUAUUUUGGGUACACCAGCAAGGAGAUCCUUCCCUGGGCCGUAUUUGAAUUUCCUAACUUUUAUUGGGCCAUAUUUUUUCAUUCCAAAAAUCAGACCACAGGAAGUAUAUAUGCCAAAUUGAUGAUGAUUUUGUAUUAAAUUACAAACUGAAGCAACAAUUUGAUCACGUGCCACAGUCUUGACUCGUUUCCCCACUUUAUCAGCACACAAUUGGACAUAAGAUACGCUCUCAGGAGGCGUCGUCCUGCAUCGGCGGUGCGCUUCUCCCUUUACAUCAUUAACCCCUAAUAUACAUUCUUCCGUGAUCUAUGCAGUUUUGAAGCCCACCAAAUCACAUGCCACAUAAGAAAUGAUGUCAAACCAUAAGGAGUACCUGCAGAUAGACUGUUAGCCUCUCAAGUGCCACCGCUGUAUGGGUUGAUUUAAUACACAAUUACACAUACAUUUGCUCACUUACGAGUACAGUCAGGGGAACCAUCAAAUCAAACUUUACUUGUACAGCGAUCCCUCACUACUUUGUGCUUCAAACUUCGCGCCCUCAGUCCAGCACAGAUUUUUUGUUUCAAUUAAAGAAUAAAUAAAUACAGACGAGCUGUCCUGAUCCGAUCACAUAGUCUCACUGUCCCUCCUGCUCCUUUUCUCGGUCAGGCAGUGCACUGGAGUUCCUUAUUAAAGUUAACGAUGAUUGACAGACGUUCAGGUUUGAUCUUGCCAGAGAUGCCUGGAACUUCAAAGCGCCGCAUACGUCAAUCAUCGUUGACCUUUUUAAAUAGUUGCUGUGGCAACUCAUUGUGUGUAAGUGAGCAGCUUGAUUGGAUUUGAGUAGACUCACUCAAUGAAGCAUUUAAUGAGACGAGCAUUUUUCUACUCUAUUCUUGUUGAAAAAAAUAAUGAGUUCAGUUGGACAGUAAAAUGUUUAAAACUUAUCAUAAUUAUUAGAUUUGAAGUGCUUAAAAAUCAUUUAUUAAAAAAUAUAUAUGGCGGAAAACACUCAGGUUACUUGAAGUUCCGCUCUGAGACCCCCAAUUUGGCUAAAUUUUAAAUUUGUCUUAUAUGCAUGUGUGAUACGUUAUUGGAAAGCUUAAAAUCUCAAUUUUCUGGGGGAAGAAAAAAAAUUUAACAGGAGGGUAUUUUAAAAAAAAUUAAACCCUAACUCGAGGUGAGAGCAUGAGAGAGCAUAAUUAAAGACGCCAUCAUUUUAACAAGAUAUUGUCACGUACAUAUCUUGUUUCGAUCUAAAAACCUUUGUAGCAUGUCUCACCGAGUGUCAAGACACAUCUGUGAAUGGCCACAGCCGGACUUUUGGGGGAUUUUAUGGGUAAAACACGGUAAUAUAACAAGGGUUGCAAUGCAGAAAUCGCAGACAUCAAGGCGUGGUCGAGAUUUUCUUUUUCAAAUUUUUUACCUUUUUAAACUUUUUUUUUUCUCAAUUUUUCUUUGUUUGGAUCGAUUAUCAUUGAAAAUAUCAGGGAAAAUGCGACAGUGACAAAAAAAAAAAAAAAAAUACAAUUAAGCGAUAGUUAUGAGGUAGAUAUCCGUGACCUAUUUACAGACACUAUUUUUUUCAUUGUGGCGUAAUUUGUUUAAAAGUUUAAAAUAUGCUAGUGAAUAAUUAUUAAUUAAUAAUCAAUGAAUAAAGUUUUUUUUUUCUAAAUACUAGACGUCAAUGAAUCUAAGCUAAAAAUGAUAGACAUAAAUAUAAAUAUAAUUACUUCUUUCACGGCUGGGUUGAAACAAAAGCGGUUGCGCAGUGUCUGUAAACGGGGGUCUCCAGGGUAAAAUGGACACAUUAAAAAUAGUUCAGGGGCUUAAUGCACCAUGAAACUGCUAUGGCAGCAUAUAGACAUAUUGUUCUAUGAAACACAACAUUUCUUUAGGCUUAAAAUACAGCAGUUUAUUUUAAAGAGGCGUGCAAGAGGGGAAAAUGCUUUCUGAGCCUUGUCUGUGUUUUCCGCCUUAUACAUAAGUUUUUUUUUUUUUUUUUUUUUUUUUUUUUUUUUCAGUUAAACAUCUUAGAUGUGUCUCUUUCAGAUGCUAAAUCUGAAUAAAUACAUUGAACACACACGAAAAAAAAUGGGGGGCAGGGUGAUACUUCUACCACUUUUCAAUUAUUACGGCGGGUUCUGGUCCCCAUUAACCGCGAAAAACAAGGGAUCACUGUUUAGCAUCUUUCAUACAUCAAAUUGCUUCACCAAUAGUUAAGUAAAUAUAACAAGACAGCUAAAGAAGAGGUGGGUUGGGGGUCCAUUGUUUUCUUUAGAGAAGGGAUGGUAACUCCACUUCAUUUAAUGUAUAGUAGUGUAUACACAAGAAUAAUGCGUAAAACUGAUGUCAUGCUGCACCCACAAUAGAUGGCAAAUUCAUGAUUUGUGAUUUUCACCAUACAUUAAUAUAGCUUAUGGUUCCCGUGCCUGUUUUAAACAGUACGCUGCAGGUGAAACUAGCAAUAAAGUGAUUCCCAACAUAGAAGCACACACGUUUUCUGUUCUCGGUCUUGAUGCCAUUUUACUCUAUCAGGGAAUGUUCUAGCGUCUAUAUGCACAUAUAGGAAAUGCCUUAUCCCAAAGAAAUACAACACCACUCUGUAAAAGCCACAUUUCACUUAUCAUGAAAAAGCGCACAGCCUAUGCACGGCGACUAACUCUAUUCCUCCUCUCUGGAUGACGAAUGUGAAAGGAAUCACACUUCGCUUUGCUUGCUGGCUUUUAUAUAUAUAUAUAAAUAUAAAUUUAAAAACACAAGUGUGUGUGUUUGCUCAGUGUUUGUAGUUACAAAUUAGUUGACUAAGUAAAAGCUGUUUUCUCGGUUUGACUGCUCAGACCAUUUUGGCGGCACAAGCUGGACUUUGUUGCCAACAAUGAAGUUGUUCUUUUUUGUUGUUGUUUUUUUCCCAAAAACAAAAAAAAAUGUUAAGUCAAAUUCCAUUUUAUUUCAUUUCCAUCUGAUCAUAAAUAUUCAAGUGAACUUUUUAUUAUUGAAUAUUUGAAAUACGUACUAUGCUAUUAGAUAUUUGUUGUACAGAAUUUGUAUUUUCAGAAAAGUACAAAUAUUGGCUUUUAAUGUGUAAUUUAGGUUAUAUUUUUCUCAUAUAUAUAUAUACACACAUGCACAUGUACGUAUAUACAUAUAUGUAUAUGUGUAUAUAUGUAUAUAUACUGUAUGUAUAUGUACGUAUAUAAAAAAAAAAAAAUUACAAAACGCUGACAUGGCACUUGUUCUCUUGUCGUGAAGUCACACAUACAUGCACACACACACACACAGUAGCAAACUUGAUGAAACACAUCAAUGUAUGUUCAGACAUGAAGUCUGACUCGUCUUUGACUUGCUCAUUAAAUGCAUUUAUUGGCCCGUAGCACUAUUAUUGUGUGUAUUCAUGAUACAGCAUCCACUGAGAUUUUCACACAUAAUAUAUAAAUCCAGCAGAUCAAUUAUCCUCUGCAUGCAUCUGAAUUGUAAAAAUUGGUUUACAUUAGUACCGUUGGUACAGGAAAUAGGCAGGGCUGUCACUAGGUUUAAAGAACAGGAGGGCUUACACCCCAGGAGUUACACAAGAUGUAAGUGAACGUAGUGUACAAGCACAAAACUUCACUAACA